UCCUCCAAAUUCCCGAAAAUAUAGUUAAGUUGUCGAUGAUGCUUGUGUGUACAGAUCCAUUUGAGUAGAGAAGAUAAAUUUACUAUUACGAACUGAUAACUAUUAUUUUAUGUAGAUUAUCAGUGCUUAAAAUAAGGGCUUGCUAGACUAGGCUUAAGUUUUAAGGGAUUUAACUAAUGGGUCCUCCGGCUAAACGUGGAUUUGACCGUCAAGCACGAGGUGGUAUUUUUAGAGGCAGGCCACCUGCACGAGGACGGGGUGGAUGGCGAGGACGAGGUAGGGGUCGGGGAGGAAGUUUUGAUCGCCGUUCAAGGAGAUCAAGGACUCGGAGCCCAAGUCCUAGACGAUCUCGUGAACGUGCGAGUAGAACUCACCAUAGCCGAAGCCCCUCUCGCCGUAGUAGUAGAGGAAGUUCUGAAAGAAGUUAUGAUGAAAAGCGGUCGAGUAGUAACAGGGUUAGGCAUGAUGAUGAUUCAAGCCAUGGUCGUCGUAGCAAAAGUAGGGAAUGUUCAUUGCCUAGGCCUAUGGCUAUGCCUAGGUCUGUGUCGCCUCCGAAAGCAUCAAGGCACCAAGUAGAGCAACCACUUCCAACAACAGAUCCAUACUAUGGCGCUCCCUCCGGAAGCUUGGGACCAGGGUUUAGACCAAUUAGUGAGCAACUGGGCCCAAUCCCACCUGCAAUUUCAGAUUUACCACCAGGCCAUAAAAUGCAGCCUCAAGCCAAUUCUUCUGGUUCUGUAAUGAAUGCUGCUGGUGGUGCUAUGUAUUCACUGCCUAUGGUGAUGAGUCACGAAGAUCCAAGACUUAUGCAGAAACCAUUUCAGAAAGAGUUUAAAGACACUGAAUCACUAAGAAUAACUGUGGAUAAUGAUCAUUAUAAAAAUGAGAAGCCAUCUGCAAUGCAGCGACUAGGACCACCUGUUGAAACCCAUCAAUACCAACAGAAAAGUUAUGAAUUUCCAAGUCGUGAAGAGUCCCACCUUGUUAGCCAGAUGGACAAAUAUGAUUCAAGAAGAGGAGGAAACAAAUAUAAUGGUGAAAAGCAGAAUAAGAAAUUUGAUGAUUACAAUAGAAAUAGAAGUCAAAGUAUCAGCAGCAGAAGCAGCAGGAGUAGUAGUAGGAGUACUAGCAGUAGUACUAGUAGGAGCAGCAGUAGCAGCAGCAGCAGAUCAUCUUCUCCUGUUAGAGGUCGUAGUAGAGCCAAGAAGCUUACAACAAAAGACGGACAUUUGGACAACAGACAAACUAUGAAAAACCAUGAAUAUUUAGAACAUGUGGAAAAGAGAAGUCAUCCUGAAGAAAUGAAUGAUCCCAGACUAAGAUCUUCAGGUCUUGUGGAGAUGCCGUCUCAUAAGGAACUUGAUAGCAGAGAUCCUCGUAAGGAACUUGAUAGCAGGGAUCCUCGUAAAUCCUCUAAUUCUAGUAUGCUAAAAAUACAUAAGGGGAGUGGUUCGGAUGAGAGUAACAAUUCUGUACAGAAACUUUUGAAUGACCUCACAAAGAUGGGAUAUUCAACUUUGAAUGCAAACCAAGUCUCAAAUGUCAAAGAAGAGACAAAGACAUUGACUGAGACACUCAAAGCUGCGGCAGGUUUAGCUGUACCUAGUGCUAAGCCUGCUAAGUCAAUCUUAAAGCGCACAACAAAUCCCACUCCUAUAUUGAGCCAACAAGAACCCGACAAACAAAUCAAAUCCAUCCUAAAGAAUAAACCAACACCCACAUCACAAGAUCCUGGGUCAUCUGCAUAUUCAAAUAUCUUCUCUAGAAAUCUUGAAGGGUCUUUGCCUGGCCUUGAUUUGUUGGAUGACAAUGCUGAAGGGAAAGUAAAAACAAAUACUGGGAGGUUUGGGUUCCCGUCAAUUGAUGAUGAGGAAGAGUUCCUGUACGGUGAGGAUGAACCAAAAAAUGAAGAAUAUAAACUAGAAAAUGAACAAUAUAAACCAGAAGAAACUUACACCACUAAAGAGUUGGUAACUUCAAGUUAUCAGUCAGUCACUAAGGAGAAUGAUGAAAAGUAUGUGCCUCAAUCAACAUCAUCAAAUGUAGAUUUAAAAAGACAGGAAUCACAGGUAACUAACCAGCCUGAUUUUCAGAAUACUCAAGUACAGAGAAUAUUGUCUGCCAUUGGAUUUGAUUUUGACCUUGCCAAAAAGAUCCAACAGCAAAAAGGAAGUGAAGAAACUUCAUCAACAACUAAGGAAGAAACACGUGGCGAGUCCGGUUACCUGAAAGCAGAUGAGGUUAAACCUGGUAAUCAACCAGCAGAAAGUAGUAAAGAUGUACAGCUUGGUAUGUUUGAUCAGUCAGCCUCAUUUUUAAGCUCGGGUUUUGAAGGAGACCUUGAUACAUUGAUGAAAGCAGAUGUGCCUGAUAAAAUGCAAAAAGCAAAUGACAAGCAGACAUUCAAAGCAGAAGACGGUAAUGAUGAGAGUUUUUCCGGUGUUCCUACAACAGCUCCAAAUUUCAAUUACUCAAAUUAUAGGCAUCCAACACCUGUCCAGUAUGGUAACUACCCUCCAUUUAACCCUCAAAAUCCACCCUUUGAUUAUAGGUAUCCUCCAGUUUUGGGUCAUGGAUUUCCACCAGGUGAGGUACAACAUGUGGCACAUGGACUACCCCAACCACCUCCUGGACAUCCCCCUCAAUUCAAUGCUAACCCAUGGCAGCAACAAUUUCCCUACAAUCAUUAUCCACCUAAUUAUGGUUAUCAACAGCAGCACACAUAUGGAGGUGGGCCACCUCACCUGGAGGGUACUGGAAAUACCAUGGACAUAUUUGAGCAGCCAGAGAAAUCACGUAGUAGGCCUCAUGAUAAGUCAAGGAAGCAUAAACGCAAGUCAAAGCGUCAAAGAGCAAGCAGUGAUGAAGAUGAUAGAGAUCACAGGAAACGUCAGAAAUAUAUAAGUGAUAAUUCUGGAUCUGAAGAAGAAAGGAAGACAAUGUCAAAGAAGCCUAAUGAACGUUCAUUUGGUGACAUUGAGAAGGAAACAAAUCGCAGACUUGGACUUGUCACAGAGAGGCCAGCUGUUGUAAGCACUGAAUACCUUUCUUCUGAAGAUGAACAGGAACCUUUAAAUGAAACCAGAGAAAGUGCUGACACAGAUUGGUCAGAGAAAGCAAAGAAUAUUGAACUAAAUGAAGAUGAGGAGCGUUAUGCAAAAAAACAGGCUGUCAUGGAAGUGAAAGAGAAGUUUCAAGAAAUUGCAAAACACCGCCAAGUUACCAGAAAAGAGCUGGAGGACGAGAUAGAUAAAAAGACUCAAGAGAUUUUGAAACGAAAAAAAGAAUCAAAUGCAAAAAAAGAGAUAAUGGAAAGGAAGAAGCGAAUACAAAGUGAGAAAGAAAUCUAUCUUCGUCGCAUGGAUAUGCUGGAAGAAGAACUUUGUAGAUUACGUAAGCAGCAAUCAUAUUUAAUGCGGAAGCGGCAGCAUCACAAAGAUAAUAAGGAUCCCGUUUUAAUGGAAAAUACUAUGCUUCAAGAUGCAAUUGCUAAUCAGAUUCAUCAACUUAGGAGAGACUACACAGAGAAAAAGAAUAAAAAAAAGAAUGAUGCUAAAGAAUUUGAGAAACAAGACACUAAGAAAAGCUGUGAAAGGGAAUCUAGAAGUUUUUCAGAAUCACCAGACCGAGAAUCCUCUUCUAAGUGGAAAAGAUUGCCAAGUACUGAGCAAGGUGAUCCUGACAGGAAGCAUGCAGUUCGUGGUCGCCACGAAAGAAAUAGUCUUUCACCACAGAAACAAGAUAUUGUAGCAAAAGGUGAUAGAAGCAGGGAUACUAAAGAUAAUCGUCAAUCAAACAGAGACUCUCCUCAACAUGUAAGGCAAAGAUUCUCUCCGAAACGAAGAGACAGUAGAGAAGAAUGGCGAAGAAAUAAAAGUGUGUCAAGUCGGGAAAAGAACCUUGUUGAAGACAAGAGGUACGACAGCAAAAGAAGCAAACAAUCAGAUGAAGAAAGUAGUAAGCGAAGCAAGCCAAAGGAAAAGUUUCAGUUUGAAUUUUCUUAUUUUGAUCCUGGGUUUCACUUUUGCAAGGUAUGCAAAAUGUCACUGGCCAGAUUGAAUGAAGUGUUUAUUCAUCUUCAUUCAAAGAAACACCUACAGAGAUGUGACCCAUUUGAUCGGCCCUGGCUAUCAGAUAUGACUACAAAUGCCAGGCCACCACCAUCAUCAAAGACUGUUGCUGCUCCUCUGAAAGGUGUUGACUUCAUGAUGCCAGUUAAUGGAUUUUACUGCAAACUCUGCAAGCAAUUCUUUGGUGAUGCAGCUUGUUCAGCAGAGCACUUGAAAAGUGUUGAACAUAACAAAGCCUAUCAGAAAUACAUUGAUGAGAAUCCUUCUUAUGAAAAGGAGCUUGAGCUGAUGAGGGCUGCUGCUCUGGGUAAACAAGAUGAAAAAGUGGACCAAGCCAGUAUCAAAGUGACAAAAAAGGACGGUGGAUUUGGCAAAUUUGCCUUUAAGAAUGAAGACAAUGUAAAAGAAGUAAAACAAGAGCAUACCAAUGAGGAAUGUACCACUGGCUCUCCUAUAUAUGAGGGACCUAAACUUCCACCAGAACUAGAGCUUCGUAAAUCUGUAGAUAUUUUCCAAGGCGAUAGUAAAUCUCAGAAACCCCAGAUACCAUAUACUGCAGGGAAGAAACCAGAAAGGUAUGGAGAAAGAAGUAAAGAACUCUAUCUGCCAGGUGAGGGAGACAUUGCUGCUGCCUUUAGUGGAAAGCCAGUUUCACAAACAGAACAAUCUAACAAACAAGAACCUGCAACCUGUGAAUCAGUUCCUACUAAAUCAUCAGGUGAAGUUGAUUCUGCUGUGACAACAACUGCACCUUCAGCUUCAAACAUUCCAAAACCAGCAUUCAUUGGAAGGAUGCCUGGUCGUAAAAGUGUUAGUAGAGGUCGUGUCAGGGCUAAAGCAGAGACAAAAAAUUUAGUUGAGAUACCUGCUUCUGCAAAUGAAAAGAAUAAGAGGGAGGCUCAGCAGAUGGCUCACAUAGCAAAGGAAAUGCAGGCUCACAUGGCUAGGGCACAAUUAGCAGCCAAACAACAACUAGAGAAGGUGCAAAAAGAAGAAGCCCUUGCUAAGUCAUUAAAAGUUGCUAAGAAAAAGGCUUUGUUGGAUGCUACAAAAUUUGAUUCUAAUCAGGAAGAGAAGAACAAACCUCUAGCUGUUGAACCUCCACCACAGAAAUCAGUGGUUACCACAAAAGCAAGUAAACCACCUUCUGCUAGUGGUCAAUCGUCCCAGAUUGAAUCGAAACCCAGUGAGCAAGCACAAGGUCUUGCUCCUCCAGGUAUGUCUCCACCUAUUAGUCCAGCUCCUAAUGUUCCUGAAGAGGAUCUUUAUUCAAUUGAUGACAUGUUCAUGGAGGAUGGCACUGAAAUCCCAGGAAUGGAUGUCUCAGUAUCAACAUCAUCUCUAGGGAUUAAGGUUAAACCCCCACCACCAGUCAGUAAGGCGGUGAGUCAAACAUCUGCUGGUCCAAAGACAACUCUGACAACAUCAUCAAAGGAAAGUAUCUAUGGCCUGUUUUUCAGUGGGAAGUGAUCAUGACUCUAAAAGUAAGUUAACUCAUAUUAAACAAAUAUUUUUUUAUUUCAGAUUUAUGUAAAAUAGAUUGUAUUUAAGGCAAGACCUUUUUUAUUCCUUGUUUCGGGUACUUAUUUUUUUUCAAAUAUCAUCUGAAGAGGGCGAGGUAAAAAUAACAUUUUGUUUUCUUAUUCAGCAAAUAGGUUUGCCAAAAACAUCCAGACAGUAGAGAAAAUAAAAGUAGAUUUUAUUGGUGAUUGUAAAAUAGGAUAUUAAAUGCUUCAAAUUUAUGUAAUUAGGAGGGAAUUUACAUAUCUUAUGUUUUGAGAUUUCAAGGCAGCAGAGGGCGUAAUAAAAACACAGAAAGACUUUAAUUUUUUUCUAAAAUUUUCAUCAAUAUUUGCAGUUGGCGGGUUCGCUAAACAAGGUGUAAAUAAAGUCUCGCCUAGGUAUAUCAUAGUGAAAGACAAACUCACUACAAUGGGUGAAGCUCAAACAAUAUUUGCCAAUUUUUACCAGCAUAUGUGGCAUAGUCAAGCCAAUUCGGAUUUUGAGAUAAUACAUUAUUAUUUUUCAGUAAAGGUGUUCUCUUUAUAAUGGUGAAUAAUGUUUACAAUCCAACUUUUCGUUAUGAAGUUUUAGAAGUUUAAAGAUACCUACGUUUGGCAGAAACCUUAAACACGUUUCGAGAAAUACAAAUUUAAAGUUUAAUGACGCGCUAAGACGCUGACAGUGCAGAUACGUUCUUUGUUCCAUGGGCAUAGCUGAAUACCCAACCUAACGAAGACAAUAGAAACCUUCAAGUACCAGCCUCAAUUUUGCAGUUGCAUAUACAAAACUCAUAUUGUACCAUUAGCUACAGUACAUACAAAUUUUUUAAAAGAAACAUAAAAUAUUGUCCCUGGUCAAGGGAAGCAUUCAUUCUUUCAA